AUGAGUGACCCUUGCAGUUCCCAAGAAAGACAGGAAGCUGAAAGAUUUAUAAUUAAAUCAAUCCAAAAUCAAGCCUUUGCUGAAGAAAUUAGAGCUAUUAAGAGGUCAGCCAGAGUGAAUGGAAGUAGUAGUAUUUACAAAUUGGACCCAUUCCUUGAUGACGCUGGUGUUCUAAGAGUUGGAGGUCGUUUAAAGAGAGCUAGGGUUCCAGAUAUCGUCAAACACCCAGUCAUUCUGCCGAGAGAUAGCCAUGUCACUAGGUUGAUCAUUACACACUUCCAUAGUAAAGUUCAGCACCAAGGACGAGGAAUGACACUUAAUGAAAUGAGAACCAAUAGGUAUUGGGUCAUUGGAGGAACCAAGGUUGUAGCCAGUCACAUUCACAAGUGUGUCAAAUGUUGUUGUCUUCGCCGUCCUGCAGAAGAGCAAAAAAUGGCAGAUCUACCAGAAGACAGAGUAGAACCUUCACCUCCUUUUGCAGAUUGUGGUAUGGGCUGUUUUGGUCUUUUUAUUGUUAAAGAUGGAAGGAAACAGCACAAGAAGUAUGGACUUCUGUUCACGUGCAUGUGUUACAGGGCUGUCCACAUUGAAAUGCUUCGUGAUAUGUCAACAGAUUGUUUUAUUAACAGUCUUCGAUGUUUCAUUGCGAUUAGAGGUUCUGUGCUACAGUUUCGAUCUGACCAGGGUAGCAACUUCGUAGGAGCACGGAAUGAAUUUCAAGAAGCUCUGCGGGAGUUAGACACAGAAAGAAUCCAAGUAUUUCUGGCAGAGCAUCAGUGUGAAUUUGUUAUGAAUCCUCCAUAUGCUAGUCAUACAGGUGGUGUGUGGGAGCGACAAGUCAGGACAAUCAGAAGCGUACUGUCAUCACUUCUACUACAGUCUUCUGGUCGUCUUGAUUCUGCAUCACUACGUACAUUUCUGUAUGAAGUUAUGGCCAUUGUUAAUAGCCGUCCACUCACAGUAGAGAUGCUGAAUGAUCCUACAAGUCCUGAACCUUUAACUCCAAACCAUGUACUCACCAUGAAAACAUCAUUAGCACUGCCCCCUCCAGGUAAAUUUGUAAAGGAAGAUUUGUACAGAGUACAGUAUUUAGCUGAGCAGUUCUGGGGUAGAUGGAAGAAUGAAUACCUGAAUACGCUGACAAAACGACAGAAGUGGAACACACAGAGACGUAAUAUCAAGGUGGGAGACAUAGUCUUAUUGAAAGAUGAACAACUUCAUUGA